AUGAGACGAAUCCACCAAGUUAGAAGGACUGUGUUUGGUUUUGUAACUGAGGAAGGGAUGGGAAAAUCAUUUCUCUCCUGGAAUCAUACGCUGAAGUACGACGCUUCAAAAGGAGUAACUCUCGGUCCGGGAAAAACAUUAAAUUUACUUCUGAAGGCAGAAAGUCUUGGUAAUGCUGGGAUGUACAAAGUUGGUGCUUCUGCAAAACCACUGAGGCAGUGUCCUGAAGGUUUCAAGAAAUUGCCUAAUGGUCACUGUGAAGAUAUAAAUGAAUGCGAUUUGAGUCCAUCUGUGUGCGGACAAGAAGCAAAUUGUGUUAAUGAGGAGGGUGGGUAUAAAUGUGUACGGGAAUGUGAACCCGGAUUUAAGGUCAAGUGGGACGGUUCGUGUAUUGAUAUCGACGAAUGCGCCUUAGGAACCCACAACUGCCCGCAAGGAAAGCAGUGUUUAAAUUUACCAGACAUUGAUGAAUGCGCUUCAUCGCCCUGUGUGAGUCCAUUAACGUGCCUAAAUCAGAUGGGGUCGCACCUGUGCUUAUGUCCAAACGGUCUUUUUGAGGAAACUGCUGGUGGCUGUGCUGGAGUUCCCUCAACAGAAAUUAGUUCAAGAUUGUUGACAUCUAAUAAAAUUAACAACAAUUGCGAAGAUGGAUUUAUGUGGAAUGGUGCUAAGUGUGAAGAUAUCGAUGAGUGCGCUUUUGACUCACCCUGCCAAUACGAAUGCCACAAUAGUCCCGGAAACUACUCCUGCAAAUGCCCAGAAGGUUAUCAACUAAUUGGCCACCAGUGCAUUGAUAUUAACGAAUGCAAAGAAUAUCCUUGUGCAUCAGACCAACUGUGCUUCAAUAUUCUCGGGUCUUUCGACUGCAUUGACCAGCCGUGCCCGAACGGCUACCAACUUCAAGACUUAGAGUGCAUACCUAAUUGCCAGAACUGUUCGUUGCCACCAAUUAGAAUUCACUUAGUGACGCUGCCCAGAGGUAUAAGAUCAGGUACAUCGUUCCUCAGGCUUACGGCUUACGACACGAAGUGGCGAGUAUUGUACGAUACCAAGUACAGUAUCAAAGCCAUCAAAAGGUUCCAGAAACGUUUACCUUUUAUACUAAAAACGAGUCGUGGGCAAGCGAUUCUGCAGAACGUUAGGCCGCUACUGGCAAACAGCCGUUACAAACUUGGUAUUAAAGCCAUCUCAAAUUCUCCGUACACUAAAACGAGAUUUAGUAGUGAAUUUUUAGUAUUUAUAUCUGUAUCGGACAAAAGAUCAUGA